UUCCUGGGCGGAAUAUAAUGAGGACAUAAACAGUCAAAAAACUCAUAUUAAGUUCCUGUUUCCCGAGUUAUUGAGCUAUUGUGCAAUCGGCUGGAGGAACAUAUACCAGGUCGAAUCUUUUUUUGUCUGUUAUGGUUUAGUCGUAUAGUAGGGUAAGGACGCAGUCAGAGAGUAAGGAUUGCGAUCGAUUCUCAUAAGUUAUUUCUUUCAGUUUUUCGGGGAAUUUUUUUUUAAUCCUUCCUUCUCUUACGCAGUGAUUUCGCAAGUCUUGACCUUUUGAUCUCGCACGUGCCAUAAUUCCCGAUCAGGACUGGGUACGAAAUUGUCCGAUAAGAUGGCGGGUAAUCUUGCAUGCGGCCUUUGUGCGUUCUCCUGUUGAUUUAUUUACUCUAUCAAGAAUCUUAGCAGGCUAACAUGGCUGACGAAAGACCCAGACGGCAACGGGCAGUGAGAUCUUGUACGGAAUUUUUUGGAGCAAGUCUACUGCACAAAGAGGAAGUGGAGUUAAGAAGGGCGCUGCAUGCAUCUCUAAAAGAAGCAAGAAAUGUACAACAGAAAAAACAAUUAGAAACGUCUGUUGAACCAAUUGUAGAAACCCGCUCUAUUUGCACCAAUACCAACACAAGAAUCAGGAUAAAAGCAUCUGCAAAAAAUAAAUCAGAAAAGAACCACAAGGAGAAUUCCCCUAAACAGACAAAGAGAGAAAAGGAAAAGGAAGAAAGUAAACUAUUCUCAACCAGUAGUCAAGUAUUAGCCAAAUCCAAAAACAAGACAGAUGUUGAAACCCUUGAAAGAAGGAAACCUGGAAAAAAAGUUUUGUUAAGAAAAAUUGAAGUAGGAAAAUGCUUACAAAGAAAGGAACUACAAAGUCCAACAAAACAGAAAGUGACGAAGCCUUCAAAGGGGAAAGAGCUUAAGAUUCUACUUCAUAGCAAAGCAUCUAAGAAAUUACUCAAUUGCAAGAAGGUGAAAAGUGAUAAGAAGAGCAGAGUGGUUCAGAGUUUAACUGAGAAAUUUAGUGCUGUGGGAAAAGUUGGUAAGCAUCAAUCUGCAGCAUGUCCUAAAAGAAAGAAAGAUUGCAAAGAUCAAAGUCUUGCUGAGACUUCCAACAAUGAAGUAAAAAAGAGGAAAACCACUUUGCAGAAUGCUGAGUGUGUAACAGCAGAACAGAUUUCAUGUUCGAUUGAAGAGACUCAGAGUAACACUUCUGAUAGCAUUUGUGAGCUGCAGCGUCAAGAGUCAAAUGGACUACAAGGAAAACUAAAAAGAAAAAUUAAACAUAAGCUUAAAGACAGAAAACUUGUAAAUCCACUUGGAGAGAUCUACAUACCGGCUAACAUAGCAAAGACUGAAGAUUUCCUUACGUUCUUAUGUCUCAGAGGUAAUGCCAGUCUUCCAAGAUCAUUCGAGGUCUUCAACAAUCCUGAUCCAUUUGUUACACAGCCAGCUCACCAGUAUGCUGAUGAAAGAGUAUUUUCCUCUCCAGUGCUCCCCAUUCAGUCAUCAGUGACCUAUUCCCCACCGUCGUCAUGUGCGCCCAGUGAGACAUCAGCUCCCUCGCCCAUGUCUUCGACUGAUGGAUGGUUGAUAAAUGAUGAUUAAGUCUGGUUCUCUGUUAUGACAGAUGUUAUUAGAGUCAGUUGUGAAAUGUGAAGAAUCCAUGUAAAAAUGUUAUUUAAGCACAAUUAAGGAUCAAUAUUUUGUUUUUAUCCUUCAGAUUGUGCUUGUAAUUUGCAGCAUUUAUAUGAAAUUUUUCAAUUCCACUGCAGAAUCUGCUAAUGUAUCCAUUGAGUAGCAAGUGAAAACCAACUUCUGAUGUCUGGACAAGUGCUCAUUCUGAAGUUCUAAUGAGGGCUUUGGGAAGAAAAAAAAAACUUUUGGGUGAUGCUUCUUCAUAUUAUAAAAAUUAAAAUGCACGCUAUCGCUUGGACCAAAUGCUGUAAAAUGAUGGAAUUCCUCUUGCAACUAUACCGUGUCAAGUACAAUUUGAAUCAACUAGAUUCUAAGAGUGAAAUGAUAGCAGAUUUUGGUGUUAUCCUGAACAGUUGAUCAAAGCAGUCUAUCUUUUCCAGCUCAUUAGAUUUGAACCAAUGAAGGAAACCCUACUGGUUUCUACCCUUCAGGUUCUCUCUUCAUUAUGUACGGGUUAUUGACCAAGUGUGAGGUCAAGAUGGCGGGAUAUUGGCCAAGUUCUUUUUUUCGCGUGUUUAU